UUACCUUGAAGAUGCAGGCCGCUCGGAGGUAUUUCAAGUCGUUUGCCAGCGGGUUUGUCGUGGCCGUGCCGGUAACAGUCACCUUUCUGGACUAUGUAGGAUACGUGGCCAGGGUGGAGGGAGCAUCUAUGCAGCCUUUCCUGAACCCAGAAGACAGAAGUUUCAAUGAUGUUGUGCUUCUAAAUCGAUGGAGUGUUCGAAACUUCAAGGUCAACAGAGGAGAUGUUGUGUCAUUAGCGUCACCCCGCGACCCCGAACAGCGGAUCAUCAAGCGAGUGAUAGCCCUGGAAGGAGACACAGUCAAAACGCGUACGUACAAGAACCGAUAUGUCCGAGUACCGUCUGGUCACUUUUGGGUGGAAGGAGACAACUUUGGCCACAGUCUGGACAGCAAUUUCUUUGGACCAGUGUCGGUAGGUCUGAUGCAUGCCCGAGCGUCACACAUCCUCUGGCCGCCACAGCGAUGGCAGCGGAUCAAACCAUUCCUCCCUGACGACAGGAGGCCGCUUGAUAAGGACACCAUCGCCCACCUGGAGGAACAAGGGGCUGUCUCCAUUCCUAACACAUAACAGCUGGUAGUGUUGUAGAAAAGAGGACAAUUUUUAUUACUGUACACAUUGUGACAAGUAACAAUUACUUUUCAUCAGGGAUUUACGCAAUGUAGUCCAUGGAACCAAAUUAGUAUAAUUUGAAAUCAUGAUAAAUGUACAUGUAUCAGAGAUAUGCAGUUUAAGUUUUAGGUAAAGGGACCUUUUGCAGUGCACUUUGGGCAGGUGGUCUCUCUACAUCUUGCCAAACUCAUAUUUAUGUCAGUUGGUGUAUGGAGCCUCAUUAUCACAUUCUGUGCAAAUCCUUUAUUGUCUGAAUAAGACUCUCACUCAGGUACAGCUAUCAAGUUCAACUGAAUCUACUAUGUAGUACAUGUAGAAAGCCAUACUGAAGCAGUACAUUAACAAUAGGCUACUGUUGCACACUGGCUCUGCAAGUUAAAGCAUCAUGGUAGAUUCUUUUACCUCUUAAAGUUAUGAGUUACAUUUAAGGGCAGUUCCAAAUGGUGGAAAACAGCUACACAAUUGUAUUUGCCUGUCAUUUACAUUUUUUUAAGCCUAGCUCCUUUGAAGAGUCAAGUUUUCUUGCAUAUAUCCUGCCUUCAGGUGCUCUUAUCUUAUUCAAAUUGCUCUGUUAAUUGUACCUUUGCUCCAAGCGCAAAUUAUCUUCAUACAAUUCUGACUUAUUGCAUUAAAACUUUCCCCAUUGGGGCCA